AUGGCCAAACUGACCCUACAGGCUAGGCGGGAAAUGCCUCAGACGUUGACCCUGCGCCCACCCGCCGCGACCUCCCCCGCGCUGAGUGCCAAAGACCCGGGCGCUCAGUCAACCUCUUCGUCGCCUUCGCUAGCGGUCCCCACCAGCGCCGGCUCAUCGAGCGGCGGCAUCCAUCGCUCCAUCAAGGACACAUGGAGUUCGCGUAAUCGGUCCUCGACGUCGACGAACAUCACGCCUCCCAUUCUAUCCCCGGCUUACUCCGAGUCGGGCGCCUCGACGUACGAAGUACCCCUGACCCCGUUCAGCGCGGUCCCGACCAACUUUUCGCGCCAUCAUCCCCAAUUCCAGUUCCUCGACUCGCCCGACGAGGUGGACGGUGACCACUCGGAUGACCUGAGUGGUACCUACCGUGGCCUUCCUAUCUCCGCCAGCAGUACUUUCGUCAUUGACGGGGCGAGCACCGACUCGCUGCCCCGACCUUGUUCAUUUGGCGACCUCGUCAUGUCCGGCCACAGGUCGACGUCCUGGUUCGACUCGUCUCCGACUGGGGACACAACUUCGGCGACCCUGUCGAAGCCGUUCUUGCUCCUUGGUGAGACGGACGAUACAGAUGUCCUCGCUGCGCCUCACCUCCCUUAUUCGACCGACUUGUCGCGUCAGCGUGUGCCCUCGUCGAACGACAGCUUGGGCGACACAGAAACCUCGUCCGAGUUCUCGCCGAGCACCAGCCUCGUGAGUGUGCGAAUCGCGCGACUGAUCCAGCGCGAAACGUUUGCGACGCCGGGCCUCGACCUGUCUUCGGAUCAGUUGGAGGGCGGUGGGGCAACCCAGGCAACCUCGACCGGUCUGGUCGGCAACCCGACCUCCCCACUUACACCGGUGCUGAUGGAGACCGAGUGGAUCAGCGGGUCCAUCCCUCGCGUCGCCGGAGAUGAGCCCUCACCACGACCUAGCGCCAGUCCCCGGACGAUGGCUAUGCGGCGAAAAGACGUCUCGGCGCUCGAGCCCUCUCGACCACUGUCGGAAGUGUUCCUCUCGGACCUGUCCGAAGCGGACGCGACCGUGCGCAUGCGCACCAUUCUCGGUGCGUCCCUCUUUCCCAAUUGGCGUUACAGCGCAGAGGGUCGAGCUCACAAAUUAUGCGUUUUGAUGACUGGCCAGGACCCAAGACGAGGAUCAUUUCCCCCGCUCCUUGGGAUGACCCGGAUGGCGUCGCCCCCGGCGUUCAGGACGAGCCGGCGCCCUCGACCAAGUUUCGCAAAUCGGCCAACACUCGCCGGACCGAGCCGAACAAACCGACGUCACCGAAUGGUCCGCCCUCGCCCGCCAAGGAGAACCUCGGCUUCAAAGCACGCCUGGGGAAUCGCUCCAAGAGCUUCAGCUUGCUCACAGGCAAGAAAUCGCCGGCGCACGAGGACACGUUCGAGAGCGACGCAGCGCUCAACGCGCUCAUGCCCACAUCGUCGCCAAAGGCAUUCGGCACUAAGGCCACCCCUAGGAUCAAUACUGGGAAUGCGAUCAAUGGCACUGGUCUCUCCAGUCCGCUCUCGCCCGCCCUCAGCGUCUCGUCGUACGGCUCGAACCGGACCCCCAUCCCUUCGUCGCCCGAUAGUGCUGCUUUAUCCUCGAUCGACUCUGAGCGCUCAAGCAUCUUGACGCUUGCGGUACCGGUUGCGUCCGCCUGUGUGCCCCAAUCCGCCCACGCCGAUGUGUCCUCCUUUGCUCCGACCAGCAGCAGCUCAGACCUACGCGAUGAGCAGAGUGCAGGGUGUGUUUCGACAUCGGCCCUCGAUGAGCGAGAUCCAUAUUACGUCGCCGCGGAUCCGGAUGGUUACACCUCUCUGUCGCCCCGGUGUCCCAUGGGAAAUGAUGCGCCAAUGUUACCGACUGGACCAGGCAAGAACUACAAGCUCAUCUCUCUCGACGAGGCGCGCAAGCGGGAAGAGGAUCGAAAAGCUGCCGUUGCUCAGCGAGGUCAAGCCGCUGCGUCGUCGAGUUCUGGCCCGAGACCCGACGAGCCCGCAGCAAAGCAGGAUGCGUACGACUACAGCGCGGAACGCCUAUCGGCCUCGAUCAAUGGAAUCACUAUCUCUUCGCCGCGAACCAAUGUGCCGCCACCGGCAACCCCCGGCACAGCGGCCAAAACGCUCAAGAACCGCAGGAGUGGUUUCCUCAAGCGCAUGAUGGGCGUCAGUGAGAAGACCGAGCCGAUUCCGCGGAUCCCUUCCUUGCCGCAAGCUAGUCCGACCUCGGCGUCGUUCCCUCAGCAAGUCGAAUCCUCCCCUUCGGUGCACUCGAACCUGAACGAGUCGCCUAGCGUGAUCGGUCCUGCCUCGCCGACAUCAAUGCUCCAAUCGAGCUUUUUACCCAGGGCCUCUUCUGGUGCGCCGCCUUCUCGUGUCGCCUUCUCUUCGAUGCCCGUGCCGGAUCCCGAGCAUCGGCUGCGCAACGUUCGAGGUGCGGACGGAGCUGCAUCGGCGCCGUCGUUGUCGCUUCGACCGGUUUCGAUGGCCUUUUCCGCGGGACUUCCUUCAGAAUUGAUGGCCGAGAUCGAGGCGGCCGAGAUGAAAGAGGCAAAGCUCUCAGCGCUUUCAGCGGACACCGUUAUGCGCAACACCGCCGCCCUUCGAUCACCGCAUGCCCCCUCCUUCGUCUCCGACACGACUUAUGCUUCCUCGUUCGAGACCGCACCAACUUCGCCUGACGUUCACACACCUCUGACCUCCGUAUUCCCCGUACCGCCAAGCCAAGCACCCACGUCCCUCAAAAUUGUCAGCCCGUCCCGUGGACGGCCGUGGGAAGUUGAAAGGGCCGAGUUGGAGGAGACGAUCCGACUGUUACGCGCGCAAUUGUACGACCAGGAGUGCGAGUGCCCCGAAUGCGGCCACGAGUUCAAGCCCGUUCUGACUACGCCGUCGACGCCGAUGAGCCCGUCGGUCGUCGAUCGGCCUCGAUUCCCUGGCCAUGCAGCGUUUGGGAGUGUACGUCCUCCUCUGCCUUCCUGCGCAAAGCUCUCCUCGUGUCGCUUCAAUCUAGCCUGACGCUGCCUGUCUAACUCGUUCUCACAGGCCCGUGUGUUGUUCUAG